GUUCCCCCCCAUUCCAUUUAUUCUCUCUUUUAAUAUUUUCUAGAAACUUACUCUAAUCUUUAUUAUACACUUUUAUAUUUGUACUAUCUAAAUUAUUUUCAGUGUAAAUUUUAAUACGUAUAUCUAUAUUACAUAUUCAAAAAAAUUUAUGUGUGGUUUUAAAAAAAAGUUUUUACUGUCUUAAAACCAUUUUUUAUUUUAUUUCGGUAUGGAAUUGUGUAUUCUUAAUUCCUAUUUGGAACUAAGAGCAGUUGUUGUUGGAUGAAGCAGUUAACAAAACCGCGGCGGGGGAAAAGAAAAAUAACAAGAGUGGUGGGGUGGUGUGGUUAAUUGAGGAAUGGGAGAAGGGUAUAUCGGGAAAGAAGAAAAGUGGUGCAUAAGACAAAAGGAAAGGAGGAGUAGAAGAAGAGGAAGAUGAAGAGGAAAGGAGUGUGAGAGAGUAUGCAGAUCUUGUUGACACUCACAACUCAACCGUCACAAUCCCAUUCUCAAAACGCCCCCUUUUCAUUCCUCUCUCCCAACUCAACAAAACCCUUCUUCACCUUUGCUUUUCAAUUCAAAUCCAGAUUCUUUCCUCUUUCUAUUCUAUUGUGUAAUAAAAAUAACAAUGGGCUGUGAAGCUUUGUAACUUUGUCUGGUUAGUUUGUUGGGUACUGUUUCUGUACUUGAAAGUUCAACCCUUGAAUUUUAGUGAAUUGGGUGUUGGUUAUGGUGUUGAAGUUUUGAAAUUUCGGUGAUUUAGAAUCUGGGUAUUGGUGGGUAAGAUGGAGUGUUGGAAUUCGGUUGAUGGGGUGGUGGAAGAGAUAAUGAGGAUUCAUAGAUCUUUGCCAACUAGACCUGGGAUUGAUGAAGUUGAAGCAGCGAAAAGUUUGAUCGUGAACGUUGAGAAAGAAGACCAAGCGAGGCUUGAAUCCGUAGCAAGACAAACCAAGGGUUCUGAUGUGCCUGAAGAGCUCUUCAUGAUUCUCCAAGAGAUGCAGAAGAAUUUGGUUUAUUUUCAGAGCAAGGAGCAGAAGAGGGAGGCUGUGAAAUUGCUUGAUCUUGAAAACGUUCACUCUCUGUUUGAUGAAUUGAUUCAGAGGGCUUCCAAGUGUGUUUCCUCUCCUUCUAGUUCUACGUCUCGCAAAACAAGUUAUUCCAAUGGUUCUGCUUCCACGGUUUCUACAAGUUUGUCAAAGAGUUCGGUUUCUGGUUCGGGUUCUAAGGGUGGUUUUGAUAAGCCUCCACCAGUUCCUUCUGCUGCUGCUGCUAGCUUGUUCAAUGCAGAGAAAGAACCUGGCAAGGCUGCUGAAUUGUUCACACGAGAUGACAGUUAUGUGAAGAAGUCCAAGUCCUCCUUCUACUCCAAUGCAUAUGGAAUUGAACCCACGAUCCAAUCCAAACCCAAUAUAUUGGAUUCAUCAUUAAAAUCCACAAUUAGUGCAGGUCAAGAUGGUGAUAAGUUGAGUUUGAUCAAACUUGCUAGCUUAAUUGAAGUUUCUGCUAAGAAGGGCAGUCGUGAUCUGAAGCUCCAGAACAAGUUGAUGGACCAGGUUGAUUGGCUACCCGAUUCCAUAGGGAAGUUAUCAAGUUUGAUCACUCUUGAUUUGUCAGAGAAUCGGAUUAUGGCACUACCUGCCAUAAUUGGAGGCCUUUCAUCUCUGACCAGAUUGGACUUGCAUUCCAAUAGAAUCACUGAGCUUCCUGAUUCUAUUGGAAAUCUCCUUAGUCUGGUCUAUCUUGAUCUGCGAGGAAACCAGUUAUCACUUUUGCCUGCAUCUUUUAGCAGGUUAAUACGUCUAGAGGAGCUUGAUUUGAGUUCAAAUCAGCUUUCAGCACUUCCUGACUCUAUAGGGUCACUUGUUAGCCUAAAAAUACUGAAUGUGGAAACAAAUGAUAUAGAAGAGCUUCCACAUUCUAUUGGGAAUUGCUCUUCCCUUAGAGAGCUUCGUGUUGACUAUAACCGGCUUAAAGCACUACCCGAAGCUGUGGGAAAGAUUCAGAGCCUAGAGAUUUUGUCUGUGCGGUAUAAUAACAUCAAACAACUACCUACGACAAUGUCAUCUCUAACAAACCUGAAGGAACUUAAUGUGAGCUUCAAUGAGCUUGAGUCAGUGCCUGAGAGCUUAUGUUUUGCCACAUCCCUUGUCAAGAUGAACAUAGGAAACAAUUUUGCUGACAUGAGAUCCUUACCAAGAUCCAUUGGCAACCUUGAAAUGCUUGAGGAAUUGGACAUAAGCAAUAAUCAGAUACGUGUGCUUCCUGAUUCAUUUAGGAUGCUCACACGACUACGCGUCCUGCGAGUCGAAGAGAAUCCCCUUGAAGUUCCACCAAGAGAUAUAGUUGAGAAAGGAGCACAGGCUGUUGUCCAGUACAUGGCUGAGCUUGUGGAGAAGAGGGAAAAGAAAGAUGUCAAAUCACAGCCACUUAAGCAGAAAAAGAGUUGGGCUCAGAUCUGCUUCUUUUCAAAGUCUAACAAAAGAAAGCGUGAUGGGGUUGAUUAUGUGAAAGCCUGAUUUCAUUUUAUGACACCAUUUUUAUCAAGCAAGAGAUUCCAUGUGGAUAUGCACUUAAAAAUAGAGACAAAUAUAUCUCAGACUGUGUCAAUAAUAUGCAAAGAUAUGGAUCGUGCGAGAAUGAAUUGACAGUCUUCGUAGGCUGUUAUAAUUUGGCUUGACUUGGCGGUAAAAAUUGUAGAUUUCUUGUUCUAUAUUUUCUGAUUUUUUUUUCCUUGUACAAUUUGAAUUUUCUAUUUAUUUCAUUUGUAUUUCUGUUGUCUUGAAAGUAGAAGUGUACACAGUCCAACAGGCAAACAGAGACGGAUACUGGGGGAGAAACCGAAGAUGAUUAUGUACUAUGGUUAUGUAUGUACAAUUGUAACUUCACUCUAUUGUUAAACCAAUUACAGUUACCCUUUGUACCAUUUUCAGAGAAUGUCUUCUUUCAGUAAAUGAUUAUGCCAUCUCGUUAACUUUUGUACUUUUGCUAAUGCACUCUAAUAUGAAUGAAAUUUACUUUGG